AUGUUGAAAUUGUUAGAAAAAGCCCUAAUUAUACUCUCAAGUCUAAAUACAGAAAAAAUAGAAGAUGGUGAAGAAGUAGCAGUAGAAAAAGCCCUAAUCGGAGGUGGUCCUGUUCUUCAUUGUUUCUUCGAUGUUGGAAUUGUUAGAAAAAGCCCUAAUCGGAGGUGGUCCUAUUCUUCCUCCCACCACGAUUCCCAGCUUUUGUUCGCCGGAACACCGAUUCCACCGUGGUUUCUGAUCCACGCUGACCAGUCGUCCCAGUCUUCAAUGAUUUUCUGCCAUUCAAAUCCGGAUGGGUUCAAAAGAAAAGGGGCGAACAGCCACGACACGACUAGGAACCACAUUGAGAUGGUUAGGUGGCUCUGUAUUUGGCGCCGCCGUGGAGAAUUGUGCGACCGAAAUAGUGAAGUUUGGUGCCAAGAGAGAAGGCAACAUCGACACACUCUAAGAUUGCAACCUUCUCACCGUCCGUCUGUUUGAUUAGAGGGACCACAGAAGGUUGACGCCUCAACAGGAACCCCAUUAGUGUGCGAGGAGUACUCCUUAUUGGAAGCAACUAUGUUUGGAUUUCGAGUUCAUAAGCUUAAGUCUUCAUUUUUCCUAAUUAAGGGUCUCUCUACUAUGUCUAUAUGGGAAUGGAAUGGUAAUGUGAAGGUGGAGGUGAAAGUGGUUGGCCAUGCAAUGUUUGAUACUUCUAAAGUAGAGAAUAUCAUGGUUUUCAUUUUAGAAUCAUCAAAUUCUACCAAAGGGAAGAGACAGCUUCUUAAGCAAUAUGAAUUUCAUUCCCCUAAUCAACAAUAUUUAGCCCGUUAAUGGUACUUAAUCAUCUAUCAGGUCAACUUUUUCAGAACUUUUAUGCAUUAAAUGACCGCUUUCUAUGCCGAUUUUCCUGGUAUGAAUUACAAUGGAAUCAGAGUUCGCUAUUCUAUUCCAUUGUAUGUUUUGUUUCUACAAAAAAUGGAAUUCAAUUAUGUUAUGUUCUUUUGGAUAUAAGUUUGUAACACAUGGGAUUUAUGAUUGCAGCAAACAAUCUUUCUUUUCUUUCCAGACAUGAUUAAAGGCAUGUUUUUGGCUGUAGUUAUUGGACCACCUGUUGUGGUUGCCAUCAUUUUAAUAGUACAGGUAUUAUUCUAUCUCUGAGAAAUUUCAUUUGCCAUGUCAUCAAAAGUUGCCAGAUGGACUAUUAUCUUUCAUGUUUGAGUUGGUUCUCAACUUGUAGAAGAAUAACAUAAAAUAUUUUGGCAUCUGAGUGUAAAAAAU